AGAAACAAAAAUGGCGCGCAAAGUGUAGAACGUGUUUAUGUUGCGUUGCUCGUCCCGCAAACGAUGGAAUCAGAAUUUGAAGGCUUUUCCAGUGGCAGUGAAAUAUUGACCAAACAUGCCGAUCGGUGGCGUAAGGUGAGCUUCGGUGUGCCGGUUUUCGACCGGCUUACGGGUGGCGGUAUCGGUGCCCGGGGAAUCUUCGAGCUGGCGGGUGAUCCGGGAUCGGGCAAAACACAGAUCGCACUAAAGCUAGCACUGACGGCCCAGCGCACCGUGCCGAACUCCUGCGUGGUGUACAUCUGCACCGAGCAUAGGUUUCCUUCGCGCAGGCUACUACAGAUGGAGGCAGAAUACAAACGCCAGCAGAGUGCGGAUGAUGCCGUCCGGGACCAUAACUUUGUGGACCACAUACUGGUGGAGCACGUAUGGUGUGUGCCUACCCUGAUGGCCUGUUUGUUCGAUCGCCUGCCCAAGCUGCUGGAAAGCACAAAAAUCAGUGUGCUCAUCAUCGAUUCCAUCGCGAGCCCAUUCGUGGAGGAAAGGGACUACAUUUCGCGGGCGGAAACCUUCCGCUCGAUAGUGCACCGGCUGCACCAGCUGCAGGAGCGGCACAACUUUGCCAUCUGCGUAACGAACCAGGUCCGUUCGGUGAUCGACUCUUCCACGCUGGACGACCAGCGGAACGUUCCGGCGCUGGGGCUCGCCUGGAGUACGCUGGUGCACACGCGCUUGCAGCUUUCCCGCACCACGCUAAGCUCGAACGAUCGACGCUGCACGGUUGUGUUUGGACCAUCGGCCCCACCGAAGCAUGGCUUCUAUCAGAUCGACGAGUCGGGACCGGUGGACACCGAAGCCCUUCGAGUAUCAAUGAGCUGAGUAAGAAACAACACCCACACAUGUUUUGCAGCUUUUCUAUUACACACCUCUCACUAGUGGUGUUCCAGCUUUAUUAUUGUUCAUAGGAGAUAGAUGUCGUGAUCGGGCCCAUCCGUGCCGAAUAUACCUAGUAUCAGUAGAGUAUGAGCGAUCGCGCGAGUUCACCUCUUUUUUUUGUUGCGGAAACGGUGAGAUCUUUUCUGCCAUACACACACACAUACACCAAUUACAAUCAAUUUUCUUCGACCAAAUACGAUAAAAAGUAGAGAGUAUAUAGGUUUGAUUGUUAACAGUACAGUACAUAAACAGUAUUCGUUUAGUAAAUGCGCCUAAACCAGUUUCCUCCUAAACAGAUUCCUAAAUAGCGAUAACAUUCACCUUUGGCAAAUAUGUUUAGAGAGUUUUACAAUCCGUGUAAGCAUCAGAGCACAAUGGACAACUGUGUGUGUGUGUGCGUUUUGUGUUGCGGUUGGUUUUGCUAACGUUUGUUUCUUUUUUUUCUCUUAAUAAUUUAAACAUUUUUUUCCCUAAACUAAGCACAUGUUUCUACCGAUGGUUGAGUCUUUUUUUUUAAUCUUGAUCUUCCGCUUAAAAUGCUGCUCCCAUGCGCGCUAAUCAUAAUUCAACUAGUCUCUAGUCUCUGUAAUCGUAUGUUUUAAAACAUUUCUCACUAGUUUUUGUUUGUCUUUCUUGUUUACGAACCGGUGGUGGGUAAUGUCGUUUUUAAAACGUUGAUAUUUCAUUUCUUCAACAACACGUUAGAGUAAUAGUAGUGGUAAGUUAGUAAAUAGCAGUUUAGUAAUUAGUGGUUAGCGUUAGUAAUUGGGUGUAAUUAUAGCAAUAGUGUUGUUUUUACUUUUUCGUAAAAAGGUAACUCAAUUACCAAUCAUGCACAGGGGGCGCGUGGCAGAAGGCUUCCGCUUCCGCUGCUAGUGAAAUUAGAUUGUCUUAGUAGUACCAUUACACAGCAGGAUAGACGACACACGGGUUGUUUACUGUGGAAACAUUUUAGUAGUUUUUUUUCUUCUUCUUCUUGUGUGUUUCGCUACUAUUACGACUAACGCUAUUUACACAUCACAUUAUGUAGAAUACCCGAUAGACAUUGUUUUCCUUUUUUAUUUUGCGUCUACUGUUCCGUGAGCAGAUGCGUAACAAUCCGCAGCAGAAACACAACAGGCUGACGACUACUGCUAUUUUGCUUUUCUCCUCCGUGCUUGCUAACACUUGCGCAAGCAAAUUAUUCUAUUGGAAAGCAAUUACUUUGUUUAAUGCUUUGCUACUAUUUCAGCUACCACGGUAAAACCCAAUUCGUGGAGUAAUGGUUUUUUUCCUAAAAAGCACUAACAUGAUGGUUUGCAGAAAACCCCAAAAUCAUAAUUUAUUAAAUUUGCCACUAUAGUGGAUAUAUUUAUGCGUAGCGGGCUCCUGGGCGAACGCCGGGGGUGGUUUGCUGUGGGAGGAAAAUGGUCUGGCUUUAUCGUCAAACUAUCAUGCUACACAGAAACAACACCGCACGGAUGCCGCCGGAAAAGUAUGCUUCUUCUCGGUCGAUGUGUGAACCGUGAAUAUGUUGUGUUUAUCUCAUAAAAGCGUUUUAGAAACGCGCAAUACAAAAAAAAAACAAAAUCGGAACCG